GGACUCCCGAUGCCUUCGGUUUGUUUAAAAAAAAACCGACUCUCUGUUCGGGCCGAAAUCCAGGCUCGUGAGUUUACAUCCUGGAGGGACACGCGUCGUUGCAAGUCCCACCAUCGAUCUCCUCCCGCUCCCGUCGCGAAGGAAAAAGCACCAAGCACCAAACCCUAAUCGCCUUCCUUCCUCCCCCCGCUGCCAUGUCAUCUCCUCGUUCCCGGCGUGGUAUCUUGACCACAAUCCCGGUCUCCGACGAUGGGACCUUCGGCUACUCCGUCCCGUCCCCGGCCCAUUGCUCCAGUGCAGCAGCUACACUGCGUCCGUUUUGGGGGACAGAGCACAAGCCUGCUCCAUUGGUGCUGCCGCAAGGGCAAACAAUUCGUGAGUCCAUUGCCCGCUCCUUGAAGCAAGAGCAAGAGAGUAAGUUUUCGAAUUUGUCCGUGCUUCCCAGUUGCCUCCCAGGGGCACGAAAUUUUUCGACUCUUGGGCUGCCUCUUCUGUACCAGCAACCAGAUCACUGGGGAAUUAGAUUUUACACCCGAAUUGAUCUCAAGGGAUCUUUCCACACAUAUCCUCAUGUGGGUGGACCAUUUGAGAGCUUAACUGAAGUUAACAGUGCUAUUGAGCUCUACCUUAGGGGCCGCCAGGAGGAGCAAAUGUAA